AUGUGGGGCCGGGAGGGAUGGACGGCUGGGCCCGGGCGCUUCAGCCCUUCUGUGCGCUGCCUCUGCUCCGGGUUCGGGGCCACUGAACUGCUGCACCUUCGCACAGCGGAGAGCUUCAGCGAUGGUGUGCUCCAGUCUGUAAGGUCUCUACUACAGAGUGAGAAGGAACUAUGCAGUGUCUCAGCAGAGAGCUGCUUGAAGCAGGAUGAACACACCAAUGUGACGGAGGUCACAUUUCUAGGUUUUAAUGAAGAAGCAGAUGCUGCUCAUAUACAGGAUUUAGCGGCAGUUUCUUUGGAACUUCCAGAUCUUCUGAAUUCACUUCACUUCUGCAGUCUAAAUGAAAAUGAAAUUAUAUGUCUGAAGGAUAUAAAAAAAUCAUCAGAAAUAAACAGUGGUUCUCGGAAUCAGAGUCAUCCUUCUGGAAUGCUUUGCGUCAUGAGAGUGUCACCCACAUUUGUACCAAGACUCAGAAUCGAUUUUAUAUUCAGUCUGCUAAGUAAAUAUGCGACUGGGAUAAGAUAUACCCUGGAAACAUGCUUGCAUCACAAGGGCCAACUUGAGACCACCUAUGGAGACGAUGACGACACCAGCCAGUCCGUGUCUUCCAUAGAGGACGACUUUGUCACUGCUUUUGAACACUUAGAGGAAGAUGAGACUUCAAAGCCAUAUAAUGAUGGAAUCAGCAUUUCUGCAUUAAGGGGCCAGUGUGAUGCUGCUUCACAGACUAAUUCUGGGCACCAGUUGGGAGCCCAGGAUCUAAGGCUUCUGGUGAGCUCUGGGCAGCAGUCAUUGGCUAAACCCUCAACUUCCCUAGUAAAUAUCCUGGGACACAAAGAGCUACCUUCUGUGAAAGUGUCAGUCACAACCUCAAUUUCUGAGCCUUGGAUCCAAAGGAGUUUCUAUAGGUCUACUAAUGCUUCAGAUAAAGGUAGUGAAGUACAGAAAAUGGUUUUUUCUUCUACUCCUGCAUAUUCUUCUGAGUCAGAAUGCUCCAGUCCAAGUCCUGUUAUUUUCUUGGACGAAGAGGGAUAUCAAAAAAGUUUAAAAGCAAAACUCGAGCUUCCUAAAAUCCCUGUGAUGAAAGAUGAUAUAGAGGAUUCAGAUUCAGAAGUAAGCGAGUUCUUUGACAGUUUUGAUCAGUUUGAUGAACUAGAACAGACUUUAGAAACGUCUUGUCUGUUUACCAAAGGGAAGCCUUCGCAGAAGAAAGGGCAGAAACAUGAAAAAUCUUGUUCUGUAACCACUACAAUGAAUCCUCAAAAGUUCAAGUUCAGUUGUCCAGCUCUGCCAGCUAAUGUUCGAAAACCAACUCCACGGAAACCAGAGUCCCCAUACAGUAACCUGUGUGACGCUCCAGAGUCUCCUCGCCCGGUGCAGGCAUCUGGGGAAGACAGUGGCUUGUUUAGCCCCAUUCGGUCCUCUGCUUUCAGUCCUCCUGGAGGCUGUACUACUGCUGACUGUGUUUGCCAAGCGCAUAUUGGUGGAGAUGGGGUUCAUGAAAACCACGAUUCAAUUUAUUAUGCUUAUGAGGAUUAUGCAAAUCGUGUUUCAUGCAAACUACUCGAUUCAGUUCUUCAUACCCCGCAUACUAAUGCAUUAUCAGACAGUGAUAGCAACAAAAGCGGAGACUAUAAAACAGUAGCUCUGAAGCUUGGGAACCUUGAUCAAAACAACAAAUCUAACAAUAAGUCCUUUAGCAUUCAGAAAUUUGCAGCAGAUCUUGUGGAAAAAAGUUUUGGCAGUGCAUUCAAAGACUUACAGAAAGGUGUCUCUUCCUGUACCAAUGCCUUGUGCCACUUAGCUCUCAAAUUGACAUCAUCCAUUUUUCACAUGGCAUUUAAUGAACUGAAACGACAGCAUGCAUUUUCCCUGAAAGAGCAUGCCAUUGGGGGCCUGGCGAACUUCCUGGUGAGUGAAGCUUUAUCCAAUGCUUUCACAGAUUUGCAGUAUGUCAAGAAGCAGAUCUUCACCAACACAGUGGCUCGGUUUGCUGCAGAUCUUGCUGAAGAGCUGAUUUUCGAAGGCGUCAUGGAAGUGUACCAGUUUUCGUAUCCUCCCACACCUGCACCUCCACAGUGUCAGAGGCUUGACUUCGAAGAUGAAGUAGUGAAGUCAUAUGCAAAAGAUUUGUCUGAAUCUGUCAUACAGGAAGCCUUCAUUGAGCUCUCACAAGUUGAUGUGACUUUCACAACAAAAGCAGCAGUUAGUGUUUCUACAGAUAACAUAAAGCAUGUGAGUGCAGAAAAUGUAGCGCCAUCAACACAGACCUUCACCUUUUCCCCGACUUUUAACAAUCAAGCAUUUAUGGUGGCAAAGCCAGGGCAGGAAUAUAAAAAAGAUUACACAAUACAGCAGGCUUUGUUUUGUACUUCUGGAAUUGUCACUUCUAUACCCGUACCCUUGGCUGGAAGUGCCCUUCUCCCAUAUCAUAUUUCCUCUGAUAUGAAUCAGAGACAGUCUCCUCUGUCAUCUGAUGAUAGUAGUUCAGGUGGUGACUCUGCCCAAACUGGUGUGACCAUGCACAACAAAGAAGGGGAAGUAGCGUGUUUCAGAAAUGUUUGUCUACCUUCAGAUUCAGAACACAAUCAGAGCAACCAGAAUGAUUUCAGACCAACACAUGAUGAUGCUGAAAUACAAAAUUAUUCAAAACUGACAAUCGAGCCUGCAAUUGUUAGCAACUUUUCUGCAGCCAUGGUACAUACAAUCGUCAGUGAAACUUUUGAGUCUGUGAAGUCAAGCAGAGCUACAAAGACAGUCGAGCACACAGGCUGUUUCACGAAAGCAGUAGAGGGCAAAGGCCUUCCUUUCCACCAUGAUCCACCAGCACUGCAGCAGGACGAUGCCAGCUCUGAGGACAUGUUUGCUGACCGAUUAUCUCAAUUGAUUAUUCAACAUUCCAUAGACAAAAGCAAGUCAGUGACUGUAAACAUAGAUAAAAACGCGGUGAACAAGGAAAGCUUGCCUGUUCCUGGAGAAGAGUCACACUUAACCUUGGAAAAGUUCCCCAAAGUUGUUGACGCUCAGGAUCGUUAUGCACUUUCAGGAGGAAAGGAUGGUGCUGUAGAACAUAAAGACCCCAUGGAGCAUGGGUUUCCUACAGUACCAUGUCCUGCCACAGCUGCCCAAAACUCCAACUUGAAGGAAUGUGCCAAGGAAAAGCCAGUAAAGCAUAGUUUGAAUAAUGCUGUGCUUGAGUCCUUGUCUUUUGGACAAGAAAGCCCGUGUCCUCAUUCCCAUGCUGUCAUAUCUACAGUGCUUACCUGUGUAGGUGGUUUGCAUGUGGACGAUAAACAGAAAAUCACAGAUGGAAAUGUCAUACCUGAAACGCCGCCGUCAACUCCUCUAGUACCAUCCCAGACUAGUUCCGAAUGGGAUAUCAAGAAGUUAACCAAGAAGCUCAAGGGAGAACUAGCCAAGGAAUUUGCACCUGCUACCCCACCUUCUACACCUCACAACCCAUCUGUUGGUAGUUUGUCUGAAAAUGAACAAAAUGCUAUAGAGAAAGAAGAGUUUAUGCUAAAGCUCAUGAGGUCUCUCUCAGAAGAAGUUGAAAGUAGCGAAGGUGAAGAGCACCCCAAAGUGGAAGUGAAGCCAGAGGACUCGGGGAAGAGAGUUCAGUUUGCAGAAGGCUUAGCUACUCACAUAAUUUCUCUUGCAACUGAAAUGGCAGCUUCUCACUUAGAUCACAAAGCAUUUCAAGAACCCAAGGUUCAAAGCCCUUACUUAGAUGGGCAAAGUCAAACAAAUGUACCUCCUAUUUUUUUAAGUCACUCCGAUGAAACUGUCCAAGCGUUAUGGAAUUUUGCAGGUGAUAUGGCGGCGGAAGUGAUUACAGAUGCUCAAAAAAUGGCAAAACUUAAAAGUUAUGGGCUUUCCAAGCAAAGGAAGAACAGUUGUUAUUCUGAUGGUUUCUGUUUCAAAAGAGGUGACCAACUUGAUAUAGAGGCUGUAGUGCAUCAACAGGAAGUGGACCCGUUUGUUUUUUCCUUACCACUGAACACAUGUAUGUCAGGUCUGACCUAUAAGUAUCCCAGCUGUGAAAGUGUGACAGACGAAUAUGCAGGUCACAUCAUUCAAAUCCUAAAGCAAGAAGGUGGGAAUCAUGAGUUAAUAAUGGAUCAGUAUGCCAAUAGACUUGCUUAUAGGUCUGUGAAAUCAGGAUUACAAGAAGCAGCUAAGACAGCCAAAACCAAGUGCCACUCAAAAAUGCUGCCUGUGCAAGACUCACCAGAGAAAACCAAGAAAGAGCUGUUAAUGUUCUUAAAUAAAGAGCACCAUCAGGAAGUAGAUAAAAAAAGACAAAGUAAAAGGAAGGCAGGUUACUUUUGUAAAAAUCAGAGUUGUGAAAGGACACAGGAAGUGUACAGAAAUGAAUACUCCGAACUGUAUAGCUUUUCGGACUCUCUUGCUCACAGCAUAACAAAAGAUGUUCAAAAAGAGCUAGCAAUGUUUACAGUUGGCUUGCCAAAAUCCUUAACAGAUUCUUGCCUUUAUGAAAAAGCUGGAGGCAAUGUAGAUCCUGAAUCUCAAGUGGAAACAGAAUUUCCUACACCUCUUCAGCCUUCCUCACAAAAUCACAGAUUUUACCACAGUAUUGGCAGCUUAAAUGAAUUUGGUUGUGGAGAAAAUGUCGUUCAAGCUAUAGAACAGUAUGCUAAAAGAGUAGUGAAUGACACCUUAGAACGAACUUUAGAGUCUGCAUUUUUGCAAGGUUCUGAGACCACAGAAUCAACAGAUAGGAUGACUUAUGCAGAGAAAUUGUCACCUCUUGUCAGUCAAGCUUGCAGGUACUGUAAUCUUAAAGGGCUCCACGAUUGCACUGGAAAUGCAUCUCAGCACUUUUACAGACAGGAUGCAGUUGCUAGUGGUAAGCCAGUUUCAAAUUCAAAAUACAGCAGCAUCUACCAGAAUUCUCGAAUUUUUCGUCUUGAUGUUCCUGAAGUCCAUGUUAAUUUUGAUAAGAAGACAGUGCUUGCUGAGAAGAUUGUUGCUGAAGCUAUUGAAAAAGCAGAGAGAGAACUGAGCAAUACCAGUUUGGCAGCGGAUAGUGGCAUUGGACAAGAUGGCGUUAGCUUUGCUGAAAGCCUCACUACCGAAGUCAUGGCGUCAGCUAUGAUGAAUAUUGGACAUGCUAGCAGUUCAAAAGAAAAAGAUGACUUUCAGUCAACUGAGUCAUUUGGAAGCCAGCAGAUGAAUCUCAGUAUUGGUGAAGACAGCACUGGCAGCUGGUCCAACUUAAGUUUUGAAGAUGAACACCAGGACGAAAGCAGCAGUUUUCAUCACCUAAGUGAAAGUAAUGGUAACAGCAGUAGCUGGAGCAGUCUUGCUUUAGAAGGAGAUUUGUAUGACGACAGUUUAUCCUUUCCAACAUCAGACAGUGAUGAACCAGAUGAUAAAGAUGAAGAGCUUGUGGCCAAUGUAGAAGGCUUGGGGCAAGAUGGACCAACUCUGCUGAUUACAAAUAUUGACAUGGAAUUGUGCACGGUAGACCCCCAGCUGAGGAUUCUUCUUCAGUGGCUCGUUGCCUCUGAGGCUGAAGUUGCAGAACUUUAUUUCCAUGAGUCGGCCAAGGAGUUCAUACCACUUUCAAAGAGAUUACAAGAAAAAGGAUGGAAAGUGGGAGAUGUCCUUCAGGCUGUGCUGAAAUACUAUGACGUGACCGAGAAGACCAGCGAGGACCAAUGGAAGUCGCUGUUUGAUUGGCUCAUGGAAAAUGCAUAG